GAACACUAACCGCUGACAUUUUGCUGCAGACACAUCGAUGCUCCCAGCCCUCCCUGUCACAUCAUCGUUCGUGGGCUGCAUCCAGGACAUGAGGAUCAAUGAAGAGUCGGUGUCGUUCGACAGACUCUCCGCCGUGUUUGGUCCGGUCAACCUCCGAGAGUGUCCAAGCUGAAUAUAAGCGUCAUUUACUGAACCGUGGGACCAGAUCCAUUACCAACCAUGUGCAAUCUGUUAACAAGACAGAGAAUGUUUGUACUUGCAGACCUCCAUCUCUCCGGGCUCAUUUCCAACUCCAGCCCUCUCUGCUACGCUGUCCGCCAAUUACAGUGUCAUCUGAGAACAUAAUGGUCCACAGAGAUUCCUGCUUGAUUUUAUACCAUGCUGCAUUAAUCCUGCUUUGAAUUUAUUAUCCGUUUUUGCAUUCCUUUCUAACAUCUGUCAAAUCUUUAAAAAGUAUUUAUGAAUUAUGUGGCUUUUUUUUUUUGCUUUAGAUAAAAAACUGUGGAUCAUCCAGAAUUCUGGUAUAGUUUGGGACCAUUUAUCCCAUCAUAUUAUUAAGCUAAAAGAAAAGAAAUAAGUGUUUACCAACUGCUUUGUUUACACCAAAUGUUGUAUUAUGAAAAACAUGCAUGAGGUUUGGCCAUAUUGUACAUGCAUUCCUCUGUUGUGACCAUUUUGUAAUGUGUUCUUUGUUAAGAAAUGUUUUGUGCCAUGAACGAUUUAAUGGAGACAAAAAAAUAUUUUCGCAUGUUCUGACACGUGUUGAUAAAGACCGAGGAUUAAUUGUUGAAUUGUACUCAGCACUAUGUUUAUACACGAUUGUAAGUUGUAAAAAAUUAUAUAAAUGUAAUUUACGAUUUUGAACAGCUUAUGUUUUCCUUCUGUCCUGGAGCAAAACGUAUUUAGUCGGCAAUAUAUGACAUUAAUGUCAACAUAUCUGCAUCAUAUUCAUGUGACAAUAGAAAACAUAGAACACGCUGUCUGGGUGUUUCUUAAACGCCAACGUAAACCCGAUUCUCACACUUCAUUGGGCUAACGAGGGAAAGACACCACGCCCUCUUUAGUGCUGCCUUCACUGACAUUUUGUAAAAAAAAAAAUGGGUAUGGUUUUCAAUGCUGGUACAAUCUACGAAAGGUUGACAAAGGCGGCGCGUCGGUAAACGCACACACUUCCGCUUUGACACAUUGUAGCCAGGUUAGGCGGCGGAAUGCGGAGAAACGACUUAGUCUCUGAGACUUUGACAGCUAGAGUCUUUACUUUCUCCAGCUUGUCCUCGCUUUACUCCCACAUGUUAACAAAGUGGAUGUGACUGCGUUGGCUAAAAAGCCCCCCCGCAGGCUGAGACUCCCCUGCCUCCUCCUGUGAACUGAGCAGACAAACGGUCUCCUCACUCCUGCCUUCUUCCUCUCUGUCUCCUCCAGGGCCGCCUUCACUGCCUCGUCUCCGGUGUCGGGCGUUUUGAUGGCGGACCCGGUGGAACCAACCCGGGGCUGCGUGGAGACAGAGCAGACGGACAGCAUCAACGACGCAGAGCUGGCUCUGAUUGGAAUCAACAUGCUGCUCAACAAUGGUUUCAAGGAAAGCGACGAGCUGUUCAGAAAAUACAGGAACCACAGUCCACUGAUGAGCUUUGGGGCGAGUUUUGUGAGUUUUCUGAACGCCAUGAUGACAUUCGAGGAGGAGAAAAUGCAGCUGGCGUUUGAAGACCUUAAAGCUACGGAGAAAAUGUGUGAGAGCGAAAACGCUGGCGUCAUUGAAACCAUUAAAAACAAGAUCAAGAAGAAUGUGGACUCUCACAGGUCUGCCAUGGCUGCGUUGGACCAACUCCAGAGGCAGAUCAUCAUAGCAGACUGCCAGGUUUAUCUUGCAGUGCUGUCCUUCAUCAAGCAAGAGCUGUCAGCGUACAUCAAAGGAGGCUGGAUUCUCCGUAAAGCGUGGAAGAUGUACAACAAAUGUUACAGCGACAUCACUCACUUACAGGAGGGCGGCAGAAGAAGGGCCUCGGGACAAAAGCGUUCCGAAUCCCCUUCUCUAUCAGCUGAACCCUCAGACCCCAGCGUGUCGUCUUCACCAAGGCCGAGCCCCUCCCACAGACCUGACGGUUUGAGCUCAGAGGCUCUGGACAGACUGAAAGGUUCGGUCAGCUUCGGUUACGGCCUCUUCCACCUCUGCAUUUCGAUGGUGCCGCCGCAUUUGCUGAAGAUCGUUAACCUGCUGGGCUUCCCUGGUGAUCGCCUUCAAGGCCUGUCUGCACUCACGUAUGCCAGUGAAAGUAAGGACAUGAAGGCUCCCUUAGCUACUCUGGCCCUCUUGUGGUACCACACAGUAGUGCAGCCUUUCUUUGCUCUGGAUGGUGCAGACACACAGGCAGGACUGAGAGAAGCCAAGUCUAUUCUUCAGCAAAGAGAGGCUUCGUAUCCAAACUCCUCCCUCUUCAUGUUUUUCAAAGGCAGAGUCCACCGCCUGGAGUGUCAGAUCAGCAGGGCCUUGACAGCCUUUAGCGAUGCCUUAGAUCUGGCCUCUGAGCAAAGGGAGAUUCAACACGUGUGCCUUUAUGAAAUAGGUUGGUGCAGCAUGAUUGAACUGAACUUCAGAGAUGCCUACAGGGCGUUUGAGCGUCUGAAGAUGGAGUCUCGUUGGUCGCAAUGUUACUACGCCUAUUUAACUGCAGUUUGCCAAGGGGCCACAGGUGAUCUGGACGGAGCCCAUGCUGUGUUCAAGGACGUCGAGGCACUGUUCAGGCGCAGGAAUAAUCAGAUAGAGUUGUUCUCCAUGAAGAGGGCUGAAAAGCUCAGAAGUCCAUGUCUGUCCAAAGAACUCUGCAUCCUCUCUGUGAUCGAGAUACUCUAUCUGUGGAAGGCUCUGCCCAACUGCUCCACUCCCAACCUGCAAACCAUGACACAAGUUCUGCAGGGCAUCAAUGAUGCAUCUUGCACCGGCCUGAAAAACCUGCUUCUUGGAGCAAUUAACAAAUAUCUUCUGAAUAUCAAAGAUGCUGUUCAGUAUUUCCAACUAGCUUUGGGAGACGAAGUGGGUCGUCUAACCAACUCCUACGUUCAACCGUACUCUUGUUAUGAACUUGGUUGUGUGUUGAUCAACACACCAGAGUCUGCCGCGAAGGGCCGCAUGCUAAUGCUGCAGGCUAAGGAGGACUUUGCUGGUUAUGACUUUGAGAACAGGCUUCACGUUCGUAUCCACUCGGCCCUGGCUUCUCUGAACACUGCAGCUCAGCCUUGACUUCAAACGCAACAAGAAGAGAAUGUCUUUGAAAAAAAAAAGGCAGAUUAGCACUCAGCUAACCAUGGUAACACUGGUUCAGCCAUCUUAUUUAUUCAUAGUUAUUCUUCUGUUAUGAGCCAAAACUGUUAAAAUGUAUUUAUGUUUUUUUUUUCUAUGAAGGGUUUUCUUUGAAUCUGUUUGAUCAUAGCUGAUUUGAAAUAAAUGUGAUGAAUUUGGUUUUUAUAUUAUUAAAAUAAUUACAAUAAUAUAAUUAAAAUAAUAAUUAAUUACUCCACUAAUUUAAGCAGGGGAUUCUGCAGCGCCCCCUGUUUGUAGAUAGGUCUGUUGUCAAGUCCCCCCAUAAUUACACCAUUCACAGCGAUUGCCGCAAAUCUUGACUCAGCUUUAUCUACAACACUAAUUUAUACAAAAGUAUUGUGAUUGAACAGAGGGAGUGAAGUGACAUAACAGUGACACCCCAAUGUGUGCACAAAUAAACAAAAUGCAAUAGAAAAUUGUUUGCCCUGCUGCACCUGCCUCCGCAGUAGCUCCCUGCUCCCCACAAGGGGCCGCACUUCAACUGCCAGAUUUUGGUACACAUUCCUCUAAAAUGUCGUUUUAUACAUUUAAUAAUUUUCAGUAUUUUCAAAAUUCUUGAUUGCACAAACAUUACAUGACAAAGCAAUGGCAGUUUGACAAAAGCUUAUCACCAAGUUUAUGUUUUUACCUUCCUAGUGUUGUAGACAUUAGUGCAACUUCUUAAAAUAGCCAAACUGUUCGAAUGGAGAAAGUAAUAACUGUGAUUAUAUAUUUUGUACACCGGUUUUACAAACACGCCAGUGGGGUCCUGCUUUCUGUAAACUGAUUUCUAUUUUUGCUUGUUUUUUGUUUGCAGUAUUAAAAGUUUUAUUCUUU